UCUUUGAAUUCCUACAACACCUUAAGCAAACAUACUCCAAAAGGGCAAAAUCCGAAAAAACAAAAAAGAAGAGCAUAUCAUCUUAGAAAGGUAGAUUUGGAGCAGCAACAAUGGCGUUGAAGUUUCUGAACAAGAAAGGAUGGCAUACUGGUAGCCUUCGUAACAUUGAAAACGUUUGGAAAGCAGAGCAAAAACACGAACAAGAACAACGCAAAUUAGAGGAACUUCGCAAGCAGAUUCUCGAGGAGAGAGAACGCGAUGAAUUCCGUGUUCUUCAAGAGCAAGCUGGCCUUACCCCGAGACAGGAAAGAUUGGAAUUUCUGUAUGAUUCUGGAUUAGCGGUUGGAAAACCCACUUCUGAUGGAUUUCAGGGACUUGGAUCUUUGCCUGGUGUUGAUUAUUCGGCUUCAGCAUUAGCACCGGCAUCAGCAUCAGCUCCAGCACAAUCGGUGGAAGCGCAACCAGCUGUCCCUGGAGCUUUGUUUGAAGACAAACCACAAUCUGCCAAUGAUGCCUGGAGGAAACUCCAUACUGAUCCACUGCUGAUGAUUCGGCAAAGGGAGCAAGAAGCUCUGGCUCGAAUAAAAAAUAAUCCAGUAAAGAUGGCUAUGAUUCGUAAAUCAGUCGAAACAAAGAAGAAAGAUGGUGAAUCGCAUGAUGAAAAGCGCCAAAAGGUGAAAUCAAAACAUAAAAAACACUCAUCAUCCAAGUAUCACUCCGAAUCUGAAAGUGAUAGUCAUGAAGAGAGAGAAAGGAAAAGGAAGAUGAAGCACAAAAAGAAAGAGCAUCACUCUGACACGGAAAGUGAUAGCAAUGAAGAAAGAGAUAGGAAAAGGAAGAACAAGAAAAAAGAACAUCUACAUUCUGAUGAGGACUCUAAAGACAGAACUAGACAUCAUAGUCGUUCCCACAGAGACUAUGAAAGUGAGAAACAGCAGCGCAGAAGCCCUGUAAAGCAAAGAUCAGAUAGAAAUAGAGAUAACGGGUUUCAGAGGGGAAACGAGAGAGCAACGCAUUCAGAGUCCCACUUAGGCCAUCAUAAAGACAAAUAUGUUCACAAGGCAAUAGACAAUGGUAGGUCACACCAUGACAAUGGUAGGUCACACCAAGACAGUGAAUCUAAGCCACCUAGGCAGGAUUCAUACAGGCGGCGAGGCAGGGCUCCUCAACUCUCUGAAGAAGAGAGGGCUGCUAGGUUGAGAGAGAUGCAAAUGGAUGCUGAGACACAUGAAGAGCAACGAUGGAAACGACUGAAGAAGGCUGCUGACGAUGAUGCACGUGAAGUUAGCCAAGCAGGCAGUUCCCAGGGCAAGUCGUUCCUAACUUCCGUUCAGAAGAGUGUGUACGGUGCUGAGAAAGGGGGGAGCUCAACAAUUGAGGAAAGUGUCCGUCGUCGUUCCCAUUUUCGUCAGGGAAGAGCGUCAGAUGAGAGCAAUGCAUUCCGUAGGUGAUGAAUGCUGUACACUAAAUAUUUUCUUCCCUAGGGCAAAUUCAUCCAAGGUAGCUCAAAGUGGUGAAGUAGAUGAAGGUGGUUUGCCUGUUGCAUUUCAUUAUUACAGCUAUUAUCAUUUGUUUUGUACUUGCUGUCAAUUGAGAUUUGUUAGGACCCAUGUAAAGUAAGUUGAAAACAAGGAGCUUAGCUUUAUAUGUAUAUCAAAGAUGAGAAAGUUGACUUCCGCCAUCUUGGCGUAGGAAUUUUAUCAAUCGUGAAUGAGAGUCUUGGUAUAUCAUGUUCAAGGGAAGUUAUUGCGCAUUCUCUUUCCAAGACAUUUCCGCCUUUCUCAGUAAGUGUGGCCUGCUGAAGACUUACUUUGUAUCAAGGGUUUGAUUCGAUUUGCAAAGAGGAUACAUAUGCCUAAAGUUGCCCGACUCUCUAAUAGACUGAUAUACUGCGGAUCAUACAACUUAGGGAAACUGUAUAUUUAGACUUGUAUAGUUCUACUCCAAUAUAUUCUUGUGUAAGUUGAUAUAAACAGAGAUGUGUUCAACACUAUUCUGUCAUCUUCACCUUAA